UGUUCGUCUUUCCGAAGAGAGGUCGUAACGAAGGUGAAAACGAUGAAAGGAAUAUAUGUGAACGUUAGUUUACUCUGAACUACCAUCGUGACUAGAUCUCCUAUUUUCUCAGUUCCAUAUCACGUUUAGAUCCUACUAUAAGUCUCCACCACGACCUGGCUGGUUCGGUCCCGCUAAACAGCGUUCUUUUUCGGUAUAGAAAAGUGGCGGCGAGAAAAGUAGUGUUUCUAAAAGUAACGCGUGCAAAGCUAACAGAAAAAGUUUUAGCUCGUACAUCUUUCUGGCUACUGCAUUGGUUUGGAGGCCAAAUUUGUCAUCCCGUUUGUGCCUGCUCCCAGGGUAGACUCGGACGACCGGCUGUUUGCAGCAGGUUUGCUUCUAUUGCGGACAAUUCGCAUUAUCAUACGAAACGGCAAAGGUCGAAAUAUUAAGCGAAAGUGCAACGGAAUUAUUUGGUGGGCGCUUUUUCCAAGGCAGGAGGAGAAAAACCAGUAAUUGAUCAACGAACAAGCCCGGUACGAAAGGUCGGUGAAAAACGUUUGAAUACUAUAUUGUUCCUUUACUUUUGAGUGAUUGUUCGAUUGACAAUGAGUACCAGUGUGGCUGUUUCUAUUGAACCCUACCGUAGGGGAACAUCGUUCAAUGACUGGUACACCCGGAUGAAAUACUUUUUCGGGGUGAACAAAAUAAGAGAUGACGAGAAAAAGGCAUACUUUAUCACGAUAAGUGGUCCGGUAAUUUUUGCCGAAAUGAAACUGCUCUAUCCGGCAGGGAAUUUUGAGGAAGCCUCAUUGGACGACAUUGUUUCAAAACUUAAAAGUCGUUUAGACAAAACAGAUACGGAUUUAGUUCAAAGAUAUAAAUUUAGUACUAGAAUACAGAAUCCAGACGAGAGUGUAGAGGAUUUUGUUUUGAACCUCAAACUUCAGGCCGAAUUUUGCGGUUUCGAAAACUUUAAGGAAGUGGCCAUAAUUGAUCGCCUUAUUGCUGGAAUAAGCGACAAGAAGCUUAGACAACGACUCUUAAGCGAGGAUAAGCUUACUUUAGCAAGCGCUGAAAAGUUAAUUGCUACAUGGGAGGUAGCCCGGGCUAAUGCCGGAGCUGCUGAACAACCAAAUUCAGGAAAUUCAAAUAUGGUAGCAGCAGUAAAUAAUAGGUCGAGUGGGACACAUGGAAUUGUAGCAAAUAGAUUGUCUCGGGUCUAUGAUUUAGCUAGGAACCAAUCGGGUUUUGGACACAAUGCAGGUGGAACUAGUAGCAGAGGCCCAGUGAAAUCCCGACUAGGAUUUAGAUCGCCAGGGAAAAUGCAGCCAUCUUAUAGAGACCGGCGUGGUGCUGAAGCGGACAACUACCGGCAAGAUGGUCGAGUCGGAGGGCAGCGGCAAUGGCAGCGUCCGGACUAUUCCCAAAUGAUAUGCAAUUUUUGUGGUAUCAAGGGACAUAUCCGGAAGAAGUGCUUCAAACUAAAGAACCUGAACCGCGACGCCGUCAAUCUGGUAGAAUCAUAUAGGCCUGGACCAUCAUCUGACCGACACAUAAACGAGUUGCUAAGCCGGAUGCAAACCAGAGACGAAGAGGAUACCGAGGACAGUGACUCAGAUAUGCAUUGGAAACGCGGAAGUAAUGGCACACAGGACGCAGAUCAGAGUCUGUAAGGGGUCUACACAAUGGCAAAGCCCCAAUGUUUGGAUUACGAGCCAGGAACCACGCAACGAACCCCUGAUGUCCCCUGGGCGCAAAACACCAACAAGCGACAAUCUGUCCGCUGUCGACGACCCGCCCAAUGGUGAGGAUAAUCGAGACCGAACUCCGAAGGGAGGCGCUAAGAGGAAACGCCAGGACUCAGGAAGCUGCCUAACGGAACUCCGUCGAUCCAAACGCACGAAGAAAGUGUUUCAUAGUGAUGAUUUCUAUUACAGUUGAACUCAUGAGUUUAUCGAAUCAUUUUUACAAAAUUUCUGAAAUUGAAACAAUGUUUUUUUGUUGAUAGCAAAUAUGGAUUAAGUUAAGUUUAAGUUUAUGAUCAGAUAAGUUUGAUCUACGUAAAGGGGGAAGAAUUGAUAUGUAUGUACUACUUGCGCACCCCUAGCGCGUUCGAUAUGUCAUUUGAUGUUCGUCUUUCCGAAGAGAGGUCGUAACGAAGGUGAAAACGAUGAAAGGAAUAUAUGUGAACGUUAGUUUACUCUGAACUACCAUCGUGACUAGAUCUCCUAUUUUCUCAGUUCCAUAUCACGUUUAGAUCCUACUAUAAGUCUCCACCACGACCUGGCUGGUUCGGUCCCGCUAAACAGCGUUCUUUUUCGGUAUAGAAAAAU